CCAAACUAAUUUAAGUUAGUUUCUUUUAGCAUUUAGUGCUCUCUGAUCAUGUGCUGAUCAUAGGCUACAACAAAAUGUAUACAUUAGUGAUGUCAAGAUACUUUACAUACCGCUUUUAAAUGACUUAACACAAUACCUCUCAGAGAGCCAUACAGCUUUUGCGUGUAUGGUGGUCUAUAAAUAAACAGGAUGUGCUGGUGUGAAAGGUGCUGAGAUGAGAGGACAGAAGAUGCUGAGAGUGAAGCUUUCAGAUCACCAGGCAGAUCUGAGCCCUGGGGCCAUUUCCUGUUAGCAAAGGGGCUUCUGUACACAGACAAAUGUGCAAAGUAGAGUGCUUCGCAACCCUUCAGUAAAGCUCAGCAACGAGAAUUCAAGACUUCCAAACACAUUCUGGAGUGUCAGGGAAUGUAAUGGCAGUGUUCAAGAAGGACGCCCUGCUGUGCUUGGCCUUACUGCUUUCCUCUGCAGAGGCCAUACACCCCAGUGACCCCAUUAUCUGCUACGUGUUAGAUGCAGUUCUGCUCUUCUACUGCAUCAUUUUCACUGCACUGUACUUUAAACUUAAGUUUGAAAAGGCGAGGAGCUUUGUCGUGCAACCUGAUAAGUCUCCUAGCACGGAUCAAGCAGUACAAGAAGAAGGGCAAUAUGAGGCGCUGGUAAGACCAUCAAAUGACGAUUACCAGGAAAUCCAAAGGAAAAGCAAGCCUCGCAAAAACAAGAGUAAAACCAAAGAGCCUAAAAGCAAGAGCAAUGCAGCAGAAGUCAUUGAGAUGAAGCCCACCCCUCCUUUACCACCAUCACGCGACUGAGUCAGUACACACAGGACUGCUUUAAACUCCUCAAGGAUUUUUUUUCUUUCUCUACUUCAUCAGAACAUCUGCUCAUUUAACUGGGCAUCUGUAAAUUUUUACAGAUUAUACCUAGUGGAAAAUUCUGGAGGCUGAUUACGUGUAAUCUGUCUAUUUGCUUGCAUAAAAACGUUAGUAAUUUAUAUAGCUUUUAAAAAAAAAAAAAAAAAAAAAAAAAAAGUAUAUAUUGAACAAUGCCCUGUUCCUAGUCACUCAGGUGUGCUAAAAAAUAAAAGGUAAAAUAUCAAUGGGAAUAUACUUCUCAUAUGAAUUCAUGGGGUGCCAAUAAUUGUUGCACACCUAUAUUUAACAAGGAUAUUUUUGAUACGCCUGUGUUGUGUUUGCAGUUGUUUGAUAUCCAUGAGAGCAGAGUAUUUUUGUGAAUUUUU